UAGUGUAGUGAUUUAGUGAAAACAGAAUAGAAAAGGAGAUCCAGUCUGGUGAACGCUAGCUUCUGUUCCGAUAGUACAUUAAUUUUGUCUUAAGUGUUUUCUAGACCCAUUUAAACUUGAAUAUAAGCUAUUUAAUUUUCGCGUUUUGUUCUUAAAGUAUACAAGCCUGAAACAACAAUGCCGAAAAGAAGCAAAGCUAACAGUGCCACUGAAGCAGCCGGGCCCAAGAGAAGAUCUGAGAGACUUCAAACUAAACCCCAAGCGUCAAAGCCGGAGCCAAAGCCAAAGAAGGCACCUGCUAAGGGCAAAAAGGCUAAGGCAGUAGAAAAGGCCAAACCAGAGGCCAAAUCUGAGGAGAAGACCCCUGCUGAGAACGGAGAGACUAAAGCUGAUGAAGAAGCAAACGCUGAUGGAGAGGAGAAAUGAUGAGGAGAAAGACCAGAAAGAGCUGCUAAAUAACACCAGAGCUCCCAUACCUCUUUUCUUGUACAAUACAGAGGAGUAUUUUUAAUGACUCUUUUCUAAGAAACAUGUUUUUUAGUUCAAUAUUAAAAACUUAUUUGAUAAAAAAAAUCAAGAAAAACCUUAAGAAUUUCAUUCCCAUUGUCUCAUGAAGAAGAUUCGCAAUCAUGAAACAAAAAAUCUUCCUGUUACUUUGUAUUAUUCCUGUCUUUUUUUUUCUGGUUUGUAAAAAAUAAUUGGGAUUUGGGCAGGUGUUGACUGAUAGCAUGCUGUAUCUCUUCAAAUGAUUUAAAAUAGAAGUUUGUUAGGCUUUUGAAUUGAAACUGGAAGAGUUUGUUUGAGACAAACAUUCCACAGCUGAUAUGAGGUAAAUGGGUAUUUAGCCUCAACUGUAUUUUGUAGUUCAAGUAUUGUGCUUGUUUCUGGGGAGCUGGAACUGAUUUUAAGCUGUAUUUUAUGGAUUAUAGCCUGUUAUGAUUUUAAUUGACAUCUUGCAUAAAUUUUCCAGCUCACUAGUACUGAAACAUUCAUCAAAUUACAAUCUGAAUUACAAUGACUUUUGGCUUUAAUGAUAGUACCGCAAAAAUGUUGUAUAGCUGUUGUGAAAAGGUUUAUAUAUUUUCUAUUUACAGUAUGUGGUGGUACUUUUUAAAAGAAUGAGAAAUGGAAUAGAAUUAGGAAAACUAAUAACACAACUUUGCCGCAGUGUUAAACAUUCAGGUUUUUGCUGCUGCUGUUGAUAUAAAAAUGAGUGUAUGUUCAUUUGAAAACAUGCCAGCAGUAACAUGUUUUUAGGUUAAAAAUACCACUGUACAGUUUUGUGGUUUUAUUUCUGUUUUUAUGUAGUAUGUGUAAUGAUUGUUGUACAAUACCAAUAAAAUGGUUGUAUUUUCAUCAAUUUUUUUUGUAGUGUAAACAGCAAAUGUUUAAAGCAGGGUUCUAUGGGGUCUGGGAAAAAUAUGGAAUUUCUUUUGAAUAAUUUCCAUGUCUUAAAAAAAUAAAUCUGAGUAUGGAAAAAUG